CAGUGUUCUCAGGUAGGGAGGGCAGGUUGUGGAGGAGUGGGGGGGGCGUGUGUUCCUCUUGCACAAGCGCUCCCAUGUUGCUUAAACCUGACGUGGAUCGCAGCCGAGCGCUUAGAGCGACAGCAGCGUGUGUGCGCGCGAGAGUGUGUGCGUGUGUGUGACGGGGACAGAGUUGCGGCAGAGCAGAUCAGAAAGUGCCUGUAGCUAUUCUUUGGCCGGCUCGCGCAGUCCUCUUCGGACCGCCAGAGUCGCACGAGACUGGCGACACGCUAAGAAGCCAGUCGGCUGGCCGCGUGUGACCCGAGAAUCCCUCACUGAUGACCAGACUAGGGCUGCUCUGGCACGAAAGGUGGAACUAAACUACAUGAAUUGAUUUGAGAGCGAUGAACUGGCAGCAUGGCCAAGUGGUUCAAGGAGCACCUAGGAUUCAAAACUACCAAAACACCACCACCGGCUCCUCCGAAACCGGACUACAGACACUGUCACACCGGUGUGCCCGGUGCGCCUGGCUUCCAACAAACAAGCUCCGGGACCACCUUUCCGAGUCCCGCUCAGCCGGACAUCCUCGCUGCCUACAAACUACAAAAGGACCUGGAUUUCGAGGAUCCGUACACUCCAGGUGGAAAUAUCUCAUUCCCCCCAAGCUUGAACACUGUGGGGUCACCGGAUAUCAAGUAUGUGUCACCAAAGCACCGACUUAUCAAGGUGGAAACAAUCGAAAAGAGCAGCCCAGCUCCCGGCGGGGGUGUCACGGUCACCCAAGCUGUCCCUGUAGGGAGCGUUAAAUCUCCUACUUCACCUCCCUCGGACCUCGACAACAAGGAGAAGCUCAUUAUUCUUGAAGACUACGCGGACCCUUUUGAUGCUGAACAGGCUGGCGGCACUCAGACCACCACAGAAAAAGUGACAACUGAGAAUGAUGGUUACAUGGAGCCAUACGAAGCCCAGAAGAUGAUGGCAGAGAUCAGGUCUGGCGGGAGAGGUCCUAAGGACGGACCCGUGAGGCAGCUCCCCUUGUACGACACACCAUACGAGCCAGCUGAGAAUGGUGGCGACUCAGACCCUGACCGAUUGCGCUGCCCCAGAGAAAGCAGACUACCCCAGGAUGAUGAGCGACCCCCUGAGGAGUACGACCAGCCCUGGGAGUGGAAGAAGGAGAGGAUUUCCAAAGCCUUUGCAGCUCUGCUUUGUUAUGACUGCAUUAGCUACGAGGGCUCUGUAAAUGGCACUGGAUCAGAUCCCUGCGGAAGAAAGGACUCCAAAUCCCUCACAGUCCAGUUUGAUGGUGUGGAGAAGUCUCGAAUGUCGCCCACCAAGGAGGGGAAAACUCGGCCGCUGCAGCGACAUUCCAGUGGCUGUCUGGUCAACACCAAAAUGACUUCACUGGACCACUGCAGCUCCUCUCUCGGGGAACGUAUCGAUCCCACCAUGCCGCUGGAAAGCCAGUUCUGGUACCAUGGAGCCAUCAGCCGAACUGAUGCAGAGUCUCUGCUUAGGCUCUGUAAGGAGGCCAGCUAUCUUGUGAGAAACAGCGAGACCAGCAAGAACGACUACUCCCUCUCCCUCAAGAGUAGCCAGGGCUUCAUGCACAUGAAGCUGUCACGGACCAAGGAGAACAAGUACAUCCUGGGCCAGAACAGCUGCCCUUUCGACAGCGUGCCUGAGAUCAUCCAUUUCUACUCCAGCCGCAAGCUGCCCAUCAAGGGUGCUGAACAUAUGUCCCUGCUCUACCCUGUAGCCAUCAGGACACUAUAGUGCUCCAGGUCUCCUGCAGGCAUCUGCUUUGCAGUACUUAGGGCCAACCUGUGGCUCGCUGUUUCCUGUCCCUCUGGAAAGAGCCCACUAGGCUCAGGGGAAGAUGAACAGUGGCAUCCUAAACUGCUGAUCUUGACUCACCUCACUGGCCAACAGAUUCCAGACCUGUUUGAAGGCCCUCUGCUUACUAUCUCAUACAUACAGACUCAGAUUUGCAGAAGUUUUCUAUUAUUUUAUUUUAUGUUAUUUUAUUUUAUUUAUGAUAGACAUCUGCUUAGUAGAUCAGACUGACUAUCUACAGAACAUCAUUUCACUGACUGUUGAGCUGAUUACCCAUAGCACUUAAGACGUAAAUAAAAAGAAAGGUACAACUUAACGUUUGUCACUGGGAUUUACCUUUCAGCAUAAACUGUUGUACCCUGUGUGCUGUGAGUGCACAAAAUGACGAUUAUGUAUGAAAUGUUUGUUUGAGUAUCUCAUUCGGUUAGGCUCUGUUGCUACUGUAAUCAUAUUGCAAAGGGGAUUUGAAGAUUAUAAGACCUCUGUAAGGGAAGCAACAUUUAUGAUGCAUGUCGAGUGAUAUUGUCCACGUGUGCCUCAUACAGUGGCCGGGAUAUUAAAUAAACUGGCUGUGUGUGAAUGGAGCGUCCCCAGCUGCGUGGAAACAACAAGCCUGUGAGCUGUGCAGACUGAUCUCUCUAUCUUGUCAUAGUGCAUGUUGUCUGCUAUCCAUCAUUGAGUGGGUGUAUCACACCAGUGACAGUGUAAGUACCGUGGUGUUGAGACAGGCAGGAGAGCAUGAUGGAUGGGUCAACCCAUCUGACACAGUACAUUUGGCUGAGGCUAAAGACCAGAGCCUGUCCAAAUGGACCAAAUUAUCCCCUCUACCCCUGCUUAGAAUGGCUUUGCAUCGGGAGAAUGAAAUAUGCUUGUAUUGUCUACCUCAGAAAAUCAAUUUCAUUCGCCCAUGUGCAGAUCAAUAGGUACAAUGGGAUUGCAGACAUCGAUCUGCUCUCUCUUCGACAUUCCCAAUUCCCUUAAAGAAUGCAUCAUUAGUUUUAGGAAUAUGCUUUUUUUUGUAUACAAUUAAUCUGAGAUUUUUUUUAUGAAAACACAAGCAGUUUUUGGUUUUUUGUUUUUGUUUUUUCAGAUCAGCAACUGUAUGUAUAGUCACUAUUAUAAUACUGUGCAACGUCAGUAAGAAAUGUUUGGUUAAUGCCUUAUAAAAUGCAUGGGUCAAAUCAGUCCGCUAGAUCAGUUGAUUUCUAAUUCUGCUUUUAACAAUUGUUCUGUGACUGUAAUUUAUUCUGGGGUGAUUAUUACUGAUGUGUUACUCCUUUGUGAUUGGCCCGUUGCCCCCAACCCCCACCCUCAUCGUUCUGUGCCAACGUGAUCGUGUUUUAUGGGACUACUCCAGCCUCUUUUGCUGUGGUGCUUUAGCAUUUUUGUUGUUUCCAGUUCUGCUAAAUGCAAGUUUGCCUCGGUGGCCUCACUCUGGGACACGAGUCACUGCGUCUCCUGACCAACAGGAUUGUCAAACCUCGUGUGAGAGACGAUAGCAUACCCGUCCGCACACGCAUCGAUCAGUCCAGCGUGUCCAAACCAGAUAAUCACCUACCUUCAACCUGUCAUGCUUCCACUUUUCAUUAAAAUCUCCAGAUGUCUGUACUAUGUGUAAGCGUGAGUAUGCAUGUGUCAAACAGGUCUGUGUGUGCAGUAUUUGUAUGCACAUGAGAAUGUGUGCACACACUCAGAAUUGCAGUUGUUUUCUUCUUCUUCUUCUUUUUUUUCUUUUAACCCUGCUGGCCCCUGGUGACAGGUACAGCUCAAACCUCUUAGGUUGUCACCUCUUUUUUUUUUUUUUUACCCCCUAUGGCUUACUGUUAUUUUUUUAUUAUUUGUUUGUUGUUGUUUUUUUUUACCCCCUUCUUCCUUUAUUCUUUCAUUAAGCAGAUUGGAUUUUAACAACUCAAAGUAAUGACAUGCUUGCUUCUAAUGUUACUGACAAAUUACAAGCCCAAGGAGCCGAUUUUCCAACAGUAGUUGCAUCGAGAAGUGAUUUUAAUAAGGCUGCCUGAUGCAUGUGUGACCAAACUUCUUCUUCAUUGGUAAACUUUAACACUUUUUAUGAGCUGAAAAAGUCAUUGGUUUAAUGAGCAAUUUAAAAAAAAGUUGGGGGAGGCUUUAGUCCUAUCUAAAAGUUACAGACACUAAGAGUUAGAAACUGGCCUAUGUGAGCAUGACCACUCUGUAUAAAGCCAAAUUAAGGUUUGGCUUUGACACUAUCUCUGCUGUGUGCUAUGCAACUAUAAACUACAGUCAUUGAAGGGAAAAUGUCAGGUGUGUGCCUCCUACAAAUGUUAAUGACAAAUGUGAUGGUACAAGAUGUCUGCCAGGAAGAAAUUUAAUCACUAGAGUGGCAUUAGUAAAAAAUAAACUGCAGAAUGUGGUAUGUAUUUAGAGGUAUAUUUUGCUGGUGCAUUAAGUGAAGAGACAGGUGUCGUUAUGGCAUGAGGGUGUCUCAUCAUGGCACUGCAGCUUUAUCGAGGAAUAGUGCAUUGUUGAAGUGGACCUAUGUGCUUCUCGAGAGAAGAUAUCCAAAUAGGAAAUGCAAAUUUAAAAUUAACUGUGUGUGUUGAAUUCUUUAUGUUGCGAGUGUUCACUACUUAAGAGAUCAAAUGUUGAAAGUAGCUCUUUAUUUAGUUACUGCUGCUGAUGAGUGUUACCCUACUAUAGGAAAGAUCCUGCGUAUGAUGGCAGCACUGUCUAGAGAGAGGCCUUAGCUUUGGAGAGUAAGAAGAUGGAAAGAUGUAGAAGAAGAAUAAAGGAGACAGAGGAGAGGGCGUUCUCGAAAAAAGGGGUGAUGCAGUCAGCAGACGCUCUCUUUACGUUUGUGUAUCUAUUUAUGAGAACCAGAAAGAAUCCUUUCUCCUCCCUCGGAAGUGUCUUAAAGCUUGUGUGUGUUGGUGUACGUACACACACAAUGUGCAUGCUUGAAGCAGUGUUUGUUGAAUGAGUGAGUGUGUGUGCGCGCAUGUGUGUGCACUGGUGUAAGCAGCCAUCAGCCACAGACUUGCCCUGAGACUUUACUGUGGUAAAGUGGAAACUUUGAGUUUUCUUUGUGUACAUUUUCGUGCCAUGUAUGUAUGCACUACUUCAACAUAUCUCUGUACAGUCCCUCAUGGCCAAAUGUAUAUAUUGAAUGUAUUGUAUGGGGACAUAGAGGCAUCAAGGUUCAAAAUAAAUACAAAAUAAAUACAUUUCAAAAAUAAA